AUGAAGCCGUUGAAUUCAAGACGUCGGACGCUGAAAUCUAAAUGCCCUUUGGCGGCCAUUUUUCUUUCGAUACCGCUUUUUUUUAUGGUAUUACUUUUAACGAGCAUUGUUUUUGCGGAGGCAUUUCCGUUUACGAAAUUCUCUGGCGUUGUGGAACUAACGCCUGCAACCUUUAAGAAUUUUGUGUCUUCCCACAAGCCAGUGUACAUUCUUUUUUAUGCCCCGUGGUGCGGUCACUGCCGCAGAAUUCACCCAGAGUGGGAGAAAUUUGCUCAGUCUGCCUACGGCACCGUCCGCGUGGGUGCCAUCAACGCCGACGAACACUCGCAGAUUGCAGGGCAGUUUGGCAUUCGUGGUUUUCCGACCAUAAAGUACUGGAACGUGGGUGAAAAGGACAUCAACAAGCCACAGGAAUACAAUGGGCCGCGACAGGCGAAGUCACUUCAAGCCAACGCGAUGAAUCAAAUCACUUCCUCUGGGAUAAAGACAAUUACGAGCAGUGAUGCCUUGCGGGAGGCAGUACAAAAGGCACCUGAGAAGAAAAUUGUGGUUCUCUUCUCUUCCAAGCCACGUAUUCCCGCCAUUUUUGCUGUUUUGUCACAUUCCCCACGUUUGAAGUCUAUGCCGUUUUAUUUUGUUGGUGAAAAUGCGAAAAAAGAAGUCUCGGAGGAAUUUGGAGUGCAGGAACGCCCGAGCAUCGCUGUUCUCAACGCCACGGAGGGCGACAUCAAGACUGUAAUAUACCCGGGAAAACAGAUCGCCUAUGAGCCCAUUGCGAAGUUCUUGUUGGCAUGCGCAACAGAUGAUGCCGAUAAUUUGGAUGCCGCGAAGGAAAAUGCAGGAGAGCAUCCACAAGAAAACGACAGUGGCAAGGGCAAGAAUACCGCUGCGGCUGGUGGUGGGACACCCACGCCAGCAUUACCCGUGCGCCCCGUACGACUAACCGCACAGUUGUUGGCGGACUUCUGCUUACCGGCGACACUGCGCGUACAUGAACGAGCACCGCUGUGUGUGUUGUCGUUUACGUCCGCGUUUACUCUUGAGCGUGUUCACGAGAUGUUUCACAACGAACCCCUUUUAUUCUUCGAGGCAGAUGCCGAGCGUGAUGUCAUUCUUUCUGCCCUUCGGAAUGAUCUUGGUCUGGAAGAGGUGGCCAACAGUGUUGAGGGUGGUGCCUCUCAUCAGAUGCUAUUGUUACGGGCAGCGAAGCGUGACACGAUCCGCUACAAGCUUCUUGACGGGAUAGAGACAGUUGAUGGCGCAAAUGAAGUACUGCAGAGGGUGCUUUCGGGAGAUUUGCAGCUCGGGAAAAAAGUGCUGCAGUGA